ACUGUGCGUUACUGUGCGUAUGGUCUAGCCCAGCAGUGUUUAGUCAGGACUAUUAGUUUCCGGAACCGAGUCGUCGGGAUAUCAUGUGAGAUCGGAGUGUGCCGGAAUAAAGCUAACCCAGCAGACGCAGGCAGGAGGAGUAAGCUUGUAACGACAAUGGGGACGAUUUGGAGAGAGACAGGCAUGGACGGUGGUGUAGGUGACGAGAGAGAAUUGAAUUGUCUCCACGGAUGCAAGAGGAAAGGGAGGGAGGUGCAUGUAGAAGAGGGAGCCGAAAGCGAUGACGUAGUUGUUUUAGAGUGACGGCAUGUGAAGCUGACACGGAUUAGAGAGGUUCGAUCUUGCUGCAGUCCGUGUCGCGCCCCCUGACUCGAGUUUAAAUUGCAAACAAGAAACAACAGUCUUGUUAUGUCCACUAUCAAGAAGGUCCUGCACAAGGUCGCACCUAGCAUACACUCCAACCGCUCUUCCUCGCGUUCUCCUUCUCCCUCGGCCCGCCAGAACCACGACGUCGAGAAAGAGCCCAAAGUCGAGAAGGAGCCCAAAGUCGAGAAGGAGCCCAAAGUCUCGCCUCUUUCUGCGACUGCCCCUGACGGCCAAGCUAAUGGUCAUGUUGGCUUUAACAAUGGUUCUGUCCCCAGAGAUACCACUGCUCCUCGCACUCGCGGCAGGUCCAAGCGUCGCUCUCGUUCCCGCUCCAAGUCCCGUCCUCGCGACGUCUCUAUACGCUCAGAUGGCACUUACCGCAGUAGACGUCUUUCUUUCUCCGAGCUCAAGGCGGAGCGCAGGACUGAGCGCGAGGAAAAGGAAGAGGAAGAGUCCUCUGCCAGGAGGGAAAAGCAUAGACUUCUGCGUGACCUGGACCCUCUUAAAGACCACUAUGGUGACCUUCCCUUGAACAUGUCCCAGCAGAAAUCCGAACGCCGCCUUGAUGCGCUCAAUGAUAUCGUAAACAAGAAUCCUGGAGACAAGGUCUCCUUUCGUGCUCGUGUACACCACACCCGCCCCCUCGGCGCCAAGAUUGUGUUCAUUAUCCUUCGAAGUCAGAUGACUACCGUACAAGGCCUCCUUGCAGAGCAGGACGGCCUCGUCUCCCAGAAUAUGGUCCGUUGGGGUGAAGGUAUCAGCCGCGAGUCCAUUGUCCUCGUCGAAGGUACCGUCCAGAUACCCCCUGCAGACCAAGAAGUGGUCAAGAGCACCAGCAUACACCAGUUUGAAAUCAAGAUUGAGAGGCUCUUUGUCGUUGCCGCCCCUACAUCUCAUUUGCCAUUUCAAGUCGACGAUAUCUCGAGACCCCACGAACAUGGCCCUCCCAAGGUCGGCGAUCGCACUCGUUUGCAGAACCGUGCGCUCGAUCUACGCGCUCCUGCUUCACAAGCCAUCUUCCGCAUUCGCGCUGGUGUUUGCCAUCUCUUCCGUGAUGUCCUUCUCAAACGCAAUUUCAUCGAAAUCCAAUCCUCCAAGUUCCAAGAAACCUCCACCGAGAGCGGUGCGGCUGUCUUCAAAGUCGACUAUUUCCGACGACCCGCGUUCCUCGCUCAAAGCCCUCAGCUUGCCAAGCAAAUGUGUAUCGCUGCCGACAUGGAGCGAGUCUUUGAAAUCGGUCCCGUGUUUCGUGCCGAGAACUCCAAUACCCAUCGUCACUUGACGGAGUUCACCGGUUUGGAUCUCGAGAUGGCGUUCGAGUCGCAUUAUGAUGAAGUCCUCGACGUCAUCGACGACAUGUUCCUCACCAUCUUCCGCGGACUCAAAGAACAUUACCGGGAUGAGAUCGAAAUUGUCAAGCGACUGUUCCCUCACGAGGACCUUGUCUUCCCGGAGAAGACCGUCCGUCUACUUUACUCCGAGGGUAUCAGAAUGCUCCAGGAAGCUGGCUUCAAGGAGGACGGUAAAGAGAUUACCGACGAAGAUGAUCUCAGUACUGCUGCUGAGAGGACCCUCGGUCACCUUGUCAAGGAAAAGUACAACACCGACUAUUACAUUCUUAACAAAUUCCCCUCGAGUGUUCGCCCCUUCUACACUAUGCCUGAUCCCGAGAACCCGAAAUUCUCCAACUCUUUUGAUAUCUUCAUUCGCGGCGAGGAGGUCCUUUCUGGUGGUCAACGUAUUCACAACGCCCCUCUGCUCGAGCAACGCAUGAUCACCUGUGGCGUUGACCCCGACUCCAUGCGUGAUUACGUGAACGGCUUCCGCUGGGGCUGCCCACCUCAUGGUGGAGGAGGAGUUGGUCUCGAACGUGUCGUCAUGCUUUUCCUCAAGCUCGGCGAUGUGAGGUGGGCGACUCUCAUCCCUCGCGAUCCCAGAAGCUUUGCCAUGAACGGUCAAGAUCUUGCUGAAGCAAGUAUGGCUGCCGCCGCCGCCACGGUUCUGCAUGGACCAGAGUCAAAGACAUUUAGUCCCGGUCAACCUCAUGGAGACCUCCCUCCUCUCGAGAACCUCAUCGCGCGGUAUGGUGACGCCACAAAUACAUCCUGGGUCGAUCCUGCCUGGACCGUAUGGCGUGACGAAGCUACCGGCGCAGCAGUCGGUUACAUUCCCUUCAACGGCUACGCUGUCAUUUUCGGCAACCCUCUUUGCGAAACGAAGCAAAUUCCUCGCGUCGUCCGCGCGUUCCUGCAGUACCUCGCCACCCAGACCCUCAAGCCUGUUUGGUGCUGCGUCGACAGGGAGUCGGAAAAGUACCUCGCCAUGGAACUCGGUUGGAGUUCUGUCAUCGCUGUCGCUGAGGAACGACUCAAUCCCAUCGAGGUCGAUCCAGCCAACAACGACAAGACGGUGAGGAGGAAGAUCCAUCGGGCGGAGAGGGAAGGCAUAAAGAUCAUCGAGGUCGAGGGCAAGCCAGACGACGACAUCAAGGCAAAGCUUGACGAGAAGUGCAAAGACUGGGCGGCCAACCGGAAGGGCACUCAGAUUCACUUGACCGGUGUAAGACCCUUCGAUGAUAUGGAGCACCGCAAGUACUUUUACGCUACCGACAAAAAUGGCGAGAUUUGCGCUCUCGUGGUGCUCGCUCAACUCGCACCCAUUCAUGGCUUCCAGAUCAAGUGGGCUCUCGAAUUCCCUGAUGCACCUCUAGGCGCAAUAGAAUAUAUUCUCGCCUCUGUCAUCAAGAAGCUUGGAGACGCAGGUGUUCGUUCAGCAACUUUCGGAGCCGGCGCAACGGGCAGUUUGCGCAGUGUCGAUAACAUUGGUGGUUUCAAGGUACGGACGUUGGAGAAGACCUAUAACGGUAUCUCGCAUACGUUCCAUCUCGCGAGCAAAGGCGACUUCCGUUCCAAGUUUGGAAUUGAGCAGGAUCCUGUGAGUAGUUCGCAGCCAGUUCAUCCCGGGCGUAACAUUGACGGUUCUUUAUGUAGUUGUAUAUCUGCUUCCCUAAAGGUGGUCUCGGUAUUAAAGGGAUCGAAGCCAUCAUGAGUGUACUCCAGAAGCCAAAGUAGACGACUCUUUAGAGUGAACAAUCCCCUUCUACAUCGUACUCUCUCUUCAACUGUACAACAAGAACCUACUGUAUCCAUCCCUUCGGCACUCUCUCUUCGCCUACAAAUCACGCUGUUGUACAACUUGUACUCUAAUCUGAUACCCCAUCGAGUCUUGGUUUGGUAGUCACAUUUAUUCUUGUUCUUGUGACGGGCUUAGUGUAAUUUCGUCACUGUAGAAUAUAGUCAUGUAAUCAAUACCCUAAGACAAUGGAUUGUUUCCUCUGUUUCAUGUCAGCAUGUCGCUAACGAUUUUGAACCGAAGCAUACUGUGGCCUCUCGUCUUCGCCAUCAUUGUGGGAUGUGGGAUCGGGCAGUGUAGCACGGCCGAUUGCGAUCUUUAUGACACGCGAGAAAAAUGUAUUUAUACAGAAAAAUGUAUUAGAAUCAGGGUUAGGAAGCCGUCAGGGAUUAGGGCGAAGUGGACGAGCGUCUGUGGAGGGAAAGCCUAACCUGGUUGAUAUAGAGGAUAAAGGAGUUGAGUAGUUACAAAGUACGCAUGCGGAUUUUGUUGAAGUGGGGAGAUGAUGAUGAGAUAUAUGGUAAGAUGAAGCAGAGAUACGAAAUUGGACAAGUAUGCAGGAUGGGAGAAGAGGUUGAUGUGAAGUACGCAUGCGGAUUUUGUUGAGUGUAUGGGUCAAAGUACAGAUAAGAUAUGAGUAUGGACUCUGGUAAGAGCAAUGUCGAUGGAGUGAUUGAAUUGAUGGAAGCCAUGCAUUAAAUCGAGAAUGUCAAU